AGCGGAGGAGUGGAAGGUCUCUGUAAUAAAUACACAUGAAAGGAACUGAGGAAAAGGAGAAGACUGGCUGGAAAAACACAGCAGAGUCAUUCCUCCGUUUCAUCCUGCCACAACGAGCUCUGGAUGUUUCAAUUUGAAGUACUUGAUCUGUGAGCUUUUCGAUUCCAUUUUGAACCUCGUUGACAUGCUGCAUAUGUGGAUUCAUUGGUUUCCAGUGGAGACAGAAGGAGAUAACUGUACUGUAUCCCAGCCUAGCGGAUUGGAGUGAAAGUAGUCCGCCAUAUUCUGCUUUACCACGCCCGGCAGACGAGCCAUCGGAAAUAAAACGGACACCUUUAUUCCUGUUCUAUUUAGACGUUCACCAUUCUUGCGGACUGUACCGUUGAUAGAAAAGGAUAGUGUCAGUGCAUAAAUACAAACCAAGAAAGGGCGACUGAGCACGGAGGAGAGAAUGCUUCAGGACAUGUCUUUAAAAAUGAUCUGUUGAUCACACUGAGAAGGGAAAGAAGAUCACAUCCAUUUAAGACAGCACAGAGAUUCACACUAAAGUGCCCCGGACACUGUUUCAACUGUCAGAGAAGGCAAGUAGAAGCGGGGGGUGGGGGGGGAAAUCAUUUCUGAAGCAUACAUUUACCUCCCCCCCACACCGCCCCCAGUCCAUUAUAAGGGCGUCCACGCGUAUUUCACCACAAGUAGGCCUGCAUGAGGGCGUCCCUGUGCCUAUUCCCGGGCCUCUUUUUGUUUUUGGGACAAUCCUAACAUCUUGAUGAACUAGGUGGACAAACUAAAAGCGGUAAAACCCCUGUGUUUGGUGAUCAGAAUGACCCUGGAAUCCAUCAUGGCGUGUUGCCUCAGCGAAGAGGCGAAAGAAGCGCGACGGAUCAACGACGAGAUCGAGAGGCAGCUCCGCCGCGAUAAGAGGGACGCUCGCCGGGAACUCAAACUGUUGCUUCUCGGCACGGGAGAGAGCGGCAAGAGCACCUUCAUCAAGCAGAUGAGGAUCAUCCACGGCACGGGCUACUCUGAGGACGACAAGAGGAGCUUCACCAAGCUGGUCUUCCAGAACAUCUUCACCUCCAUGCAGUCCAUGAUCCGCGCCAUGGAGACGCUGAAGAUCCCCUACAAAUACGAACACAACAAGCCCUACGCCAACAUUGUAAAGGAAGUGGACGUAGAGAAGGUGUUUGCCUUGGAGAACCCCUACGUGGACGCCAUCAAGAGCUUGUGGAACGAUCCUGGCACCCUGGAGUGCUACGACAGAAGGCGGGAAUACCAGCUGUCUGACUCAACUAAAUACUACAUGAACGCGUUGGACCGUAUUGCCCAGCCGUGUUACCUUCCCACCCAGCAGGACGUGCUGAGGGUCCGGGUUCCCACCACAGGGAUCAUCGAGUACCCCUUCGACCUCCAGAGUGUCAUAUUCAGGAUGGUGGAUGUGGGAGGUCAGAGGUCAGAAAGGAGGAAGUGGAUCCACUGCUUUGAGAACGUCACCUCCAUCAUGUUCCUGGUGGCGCUCAGCGAGUACGACCAGGUCCUGGUUGAGUCUGACAACGAGAACCGCAUGGACGAGAGCAAGGCGUUGUUCAGGACCAUCAUCACGUACCCCUGGUUCCAGAACUCCUCGGUCAUCCUCUUCCUCAACAAGAAGGACCUACUGGAGGAGAAGAUCAUGUACUCCCACCUGGUGGAUUACUUCCCCGAGUACGACGGUCCGCAGCGGGACGCGCCGGCGGGGCGGGAGUUCAUCCUGAAGAUGUUCGUGGACCUGAACCCCGACAGCGACAAGAUCAUCUACUCCCACUUCACCUGCGCCACGGACACGGAGAACAUCCGCUUUGUGUUUGCCGCCGUCAAGGACACCAUCCUGCAGCUCAACCUGAAGGAGUACAACCUGGUGUGAGCCGGCAGGGAGGGUCGCCCAUGACGACACAGGGACGAGAACAAGGGCACCGGGGGAAAAUGCCCCCCCCCCCCCCCCCCCCACGACAACACACACUGACUGGACGCAGAUUUUUCGGAGAUGCAAUGAAAAACGUCACAUGGUUCCCGUGGUUCUAAUUUAUUUGCCAUUUGUUGUCCCGCCUCCGCUUGACCCCUAAAGGAGGGGGGGGGGUUAACCAAGCCAAUGUAAUGUAACUAUUUAAGGUGUUGAUGCUAAAUGCUAAGUAGGAGGGGGAGGAGAGAGACUGUAGGGCUGGGGAAGUUUAGACAGUAAUUAUUGUACAGCACACUAUUCAUUUGUGUCGUGUGUGUGUGGGGGGAGUGUGGGGGUUGGAGGGAGGAGGGGGGGUGGGCAGAGGCUCAGGGUGGGAGAGGCUGUCGGGUGGUCUGCCUGCUGGAGUCAGUAGGACUGAUGCCUCACAGCUUGAACGCACGGUGCUCCUUCCCUUUUCCUGCCUUCUUUGUUUCUUUUUUUUUGUACAACAAAAUAAGACGUCUCGAUUCUGCUCCUCAUUCCUGCCGACCGUCCGUCCUGUUACUCAGUAAUACAUUCCGAAGCAGCCACGCUGUGGGCAUUGCUACUCCAACUGCCUAACAGAAGAAAAGAGAUAGGCCUACUAUAACGGAACGCGCUCCGACGCAGGAACGUUUGGCUGGUAUCUUGAUAUUAUAGGUAUAAACUGUGAUUUUUAAAUUAUUAUUAUUAUUGUUUUUUUUUGCUGUUGGUUUGAUAUUGAUUGAAGUUCAUCAUUAUUAUUUUAUUGUAUUAACUUUGGGUACCGCAAGUGAAAAAAGAAAAACCUAACGCCGCGUGCAGCAAAGCAUUCGGAUUGGCUAUCCCUCGGACGGAGGCUCGUUCGAACUGAAGCCGCGGUUUGGGACCGAAUGUCACGUCAGCAAUGGCUUGGUUCGUACUGCUCUACGUGUGGAAGAAAAUGUCGUUCAUUGGUCGCCGUGAUUUUCAUGGGCUUUCCACGCCAAAGCACUGAAAGCAUACAUCUUGCGAGCAGUGAUCCAUGUUUUUUUGUUUUCAUUUAAGGGGGCGUUAAAAAAGUGACCAUUAAUAAUGAGAAUAUAUUUAGAAUUAUUUGUUCAAACUGUGCCACAUUAAUGCUUUAUUAUUAUGGUAAUAUGUUGAUAUUGCCAAUGCCAUACAACUCAAGCAGCAGAGUCGACCUUUGCGCUGUUUACUAUUGUAGUUAAGAUAAGAAGAUUAGAAAGUAUUGCAAAGAUAAUAAGCAGGGCUAAUUAAACGUGAGCAAACUGACCCACUCAACGGCAAACUGAUGCUUUUUAAAAAAAAAUAUUCACAGCAGUCAACAAUGUAUUAACCCCACACACCUACACACAAGCAAACGCACACAAACACAGACACACGCACACUGCCUGGACUCACCCACUCUCCAGCCAAUAGCCUGACCCCCACAGAGAGAGGGUCCACUGUAUAGGCACCCAGUCCAUUCCAGCUGUGUCUUUCUAGUUGUCUCAUGGCAGCCCAGCUGUGGGACGGUUCCAGUUCACUAGCAGUGAUUGUGCAUUGGGUUAUAGGCAUAGCUACAUGUUAAGAAAAGGGCAAAGUGUUAACAUUUGUACCAAAGUGAGCCCUUCUCGUUUCAGUUUGGCACCGAUGGCUCUGACAGGCUUACACCCAAGUGAUUUUGAGUAUAUCGAUUUUUUGUAACUAUUCCCUAAAAUAUAGGCCUGGUAUCGAUAUUUCAUUGAGGCAUAGUGCAAUUAUGAAUGCUAUAAUCAUUGUACAUACAACUCUCUCUCUCUCUCUCUCUAUAUAUAUAUAUAUAUAUAUAUAUAUAUAUAUAUAUAUAUAUAUAUAUAUACACAUGUGUUUAUAUACACAUAUAUGGCAGUAUCUUUGUUGGCUUAAUAAUGACCUUUUGGCAGACUGAAUGUGCGGUAUUGGAAAUAUGUAUCUAUGUGAUUGUGAAAGGGUUUCCUUUUUUUUUUAAGAGGAGUAUGUACAUUUUGUGUUUGGUUGGUGUGCUUUCCCAACAACAAUGUUCACUUUUAAAAACUAUAAAGACAACUAUUCUAAUCCAA